CGCUGGCAAAUAUCCUCACCGCCUGCCCUGCAUUAAGUAAACUUCUUUGCUUUAACCCGUCUCUUUCCGCAUCUAUCAACGCCACACAACACAAGUGCAGGACGCCGGCUUCUACGUUUUCCCAUCUACCCAUAGUGAAACACAGACACACACUUCACUUCACGAUGUGCAUCGCCAUACUCACAACGGCGCAUCCAGACUACCCCUUCAUACUGCUGAACAAUCGAGAUGAAUAUCUCCAUCGCCCAACGGCAGAAGCAACAUGGUGGCCUUCACCAGACAUACAGGUCCUAGGCGGCUAUGAUCUUCAUCGCCCUGUGCACGGCACCUGGAUGGGUGUCACUCGUCAAGGCCGCAUCGCUGUACUCACCAACUACCGUGAAGAGGAUGAAACGAUUGUCGAGGGUGCACGUAGCAGAGGCCUGAUCCCAAAUGCAUGGUUAAAAAGCGACCCCGCUAAAGAAGAAACUACCGAUGACUUCGCGAAGCGAAUGAUUGAACAGGACGGUGUCGAAGGCGUGGGCGGCUUUUCACUAUGUUACGGCUUCAUGCAAGACGUCGUCAAAGAAGCAAAGGGGUUAGCCAUCGUCAGUAAUCGCACACCAGAUGUUCACGGCGUAGUUCGUUUGCUCCACAAAUCCGAUGAAACCCAUGCCCUGAGCAAUGCUGCAUACAGCGAUCGUUCAUGGCCCAAAGUCAUUCACGGCGAGGAAUGGACCAAGAAAGCUAUUGCCGAGUCGGUCGCUGCAAACGAGUCUCGCGAUCAACUCAUCCAGCGCCUCCUGACCCUUCUCAGAACAGACACAAUGCCCCGUCAAAAGGAAAAUGAAGAGUGGGACAUGUAUUUGAAUCAGUUGCGUCACAGCAUCUUUAUCCCAGCCAUUGGAAGAGACCACCUAGAAGAGCACAAGAUGCCUGCGCAUGAGAUUGGUGAUGUGGUCAAGAACAAGGCGGUGGAUGCAACGAGUGGGUGUUAUGGCACGCAGAAGAAUAUCAUAGUGCUUUGUGAUCGCCAGGGCAAAGUGACAUAUCUGGAAAGGACAUUAUACGACGUUGAUGCCAAACCAAUCGAAGACGGCAAUGGGGAUCGCAUGUUUGAAUUCCAGAUUGAGGGAUGGUAGGGUAUUGUAGACUUGAUAGGUGUUUGCAGCAGACUGGUGAAUGGAUUUGGCGUUUUUCCAAUCCACUUUCAUUCGAAAAUCCCGGUCAGGCUACGGUUUUUUGCUUUCACGCUCACUUCCACUAGUUUCUUCAUCACAUGGCCAAGGCGCUUUCAUGUUACUUCCAUCAGCAAGACAGUUUGCUCCCAGAGUGUUCCGCACAGUAUAUUAACAAGUCUUUUGUUUUCCUACAACGCUUCAACAACUUUCUCUACAUCCACAAUGAGAUACAGAUUGUGAUAUAUCAACACUUC